AUGGAUUUAAACGGACACCAACCACCAUUCUGGUCACAGCCCAAGUUCCCCUCCAUGCCUCGCCGCCGCUCAUCGGCUCCUCUCCUCCCUCUUCCAAUUCUCAUCGUAAUCUUACCCAUCAUCGCUUUACUCAUCCUCUUUUUUAUACUUCCUCUAUUUCUAACUGUAACUUGGCAAAUUAUUAGACCUUAUGGUACUGUCAAGAAAGGCUGGGACUCCCUCAACAUAGUCCUUGUCUUGUUCGCGAUUCUCUGUGGCAUCUUCGCCAGAAGAAAUGACGACGCAUCAAACACCGACAACAACGUUAAGAACGUCAACCAGCCACAUUCGCAACCAUGGUUCGGCGAUCAAUUUUCAAAUAUAAAAAAUUACGAUCGGCCUAUGGGCUCAUCGGUAAAUGGCUCUACCCGGUUGAGGAGGAGCUGUAGCUCUUAUCCAGAUCUGAGACAAGACGGCUUGUGGGAAACCGGAGAAGAUCGGUUCCGGUUUUUUGAUGAUUUUGAUGUUCAAUACAGGCAUCGCUCAGAUGUUGAUGGAGGAGAUAACAGCUGUGCUCAACAAGUACUGCGAAGAACAAGUAGUGAUUUUGAAGAAUAUUCUCAAGUUAAGGACAUACCUGUAGAUGCCUUUGUAAUUCGAUCUUCGCACGUGUCAUCUCCAAAGUCACCGACGCCGCCGCCUCCUCCUCCACCACCUCCGCCACCUAUAGUUCGUAGCAGACCUAGCAGAGCAUAUCAAAGUGUUGGUCGGAAAGAUGAGUCUGCUAGUUAUAGCGACAAAGUUAAAUCGCAGCCAACAGCCGCUCCACCACCUCCACAGCCACCACAAGCACCUCCUCCUCCGCCACCCGUGCAAAUGGGGUAUAGAUCGGAGCAUAACUACACAAAAAGUGAACGUAGAAAAAGUAAUGCGACCAAGGAGAUUAAGAUGGUUUUCGCUUCACUGUAUAAUCAAAGAAAAAGAAUAAAGAAGAAACACAGGACAAAAACUUUUGAGGAGUACGGUAAGUCUGUUCAUUCUCCAACCGAACCACGUCAAUAUACAACCGUACCACCACCAUCGCCGCCACCUCCGCCACCUCCACUCCCUUCACAUCCUUCAUCAGUCUUUCAAAACCUAUUUAAAAAGAGCAACAAGAGUAAAAAAGUCCAUUCAGUCCCUCCACCAGCUCCACCGCCACCUCCACUACCGCGUUCCUCAAAGAGAAGGAGCCAGGAUCUGCCUCCACCUCCACCUCCACCUCCUCCACCAGCUCCAACAACACCGCCACGGCCGCCUUCAAGGAGGCAAAAUGUGGCCAAAAGCGGCAAGCCACCCUUGCCGUCAAGAGCAAACAAUUCGUACGGAGAUAAUCUGAAUAGUGGGAACCAGUCUCCGUUACUUCCGGUGCCGCCUCCACCGCCACCGCCUCCGUUUAAAAUUCAAGAAUUUAAGUUUGUGGGACGCGGGGAUUUUCUCAGCUUACAUAGCGGUCGAAACUCUCGUUGCAGCUCUCCUGAGUUGGAGGAGGUGGAUAAUGAUGUUCCGUCAACUAAGGAGUCAACAGACGAGAAAGUCGAAGUGAUGGACGGUGAAGAUGGAGUUGGCUCAGUGUGCUGUCCGAGUCCUGAUGUCAACAUUAAAGCUGAUACCUUCAUUGCGAGGCACAAAGAUGGGUGGAGACUGGAGAAGAUGAAUUCACUGAAAGAGAAGCAGAAAAUGGGCUGA